CCAUCUCCCUCCGCCCUAUUCUUUCUCUUUCUCUCUCUCUCUCUCUCUCCCCGAUUUGCAGGAGCUGAAAUUCCAAAUCAUCAACGCCCAGUUUAUGCAAUCACUGAGAACACUACCAAUCAUGAAGAGACGAAGACCCAAUCCACCACCAAUCACCACCAGCAUAGCACCCACACCUUCAACCCCUCCAACUCCACAAACCCUCCUCAAAACCCUCAAUCCCAUCACCUCUUCCAAACCCAUCAAACUCUCAUCCAAAAAACUCAGAACCAUCCUCCCCAAUCUCAACCCCCCCAAAUGGGUACCCCUCAAUCUUGGCAAAUCAGAGCUCUUCUUGCCCCUCACAUUCCCCACUGGCCAGACCUUCAGGUGGAAACAAACAGCCCAUCUUCAGUACACAGGCGUUGUUGGGUCCCAUUUGGUUUCCCUCAAGCAGCUCGAAAAUGGCGAUGUUGCUUAUUGCUUUCAUUACACGAGCUGUGAGGCUAGUGCUAGGUUGGCUUUAUUGGAUUUUCUCAAUGUGGGUAUUUGUUUGACUGAUAUGUGGGAGGGGUUUUCGGGUUGUGAUUCGAGGUUUGCUGAAUUGGCUAGGUAUUUGGGUGGUGCUCGAGUGCUCAGGCAAGACCCACUUGAGUGCCUCAUUCAGUUUCUUUGUUCGUCUAAUAAUAAUAUCGGGAGAAUUACCCGAAUGGUUGAUUUCGUUUCGUCGUUGGGAAAUCGAUUAGGGACAGUUGAAAGUUUUGAAUUUUAUGAAUUCCCGUCGCUGGACCGGUUGUCGCGGGUUUCAGAGAAAGAGCUUAGAGAGGCUGGUUUCGGUUACAGGGCCAAAUACAUAGUCGGCACUGUAGAUUCUUUGCAAUCAAAACCUGGUGGAGGUUCAGAGUGGCUUGCUUCUCUUCGUGAGUUAGAUCUCCAAGAGGCUAUUGAUGCUCUCUCUACUCUACCUGGUGUUGGUCCCAAGGUGGCCGCAUGCAUUGCUCUCUUCUCUCUAGAUCAACAUCACGCCAUUCCUGUUGAUACUCACGUGUGGCAAAUAGCAACUAGGUACCUUAUCCCCGAGCUUGCAGGUGCCCGCUUGACGCCUAAACUUUGCAGUCGUGUCGCAGAUGCAUUUGUGAGUACAUAUGGGAAGUAUGCUGGUUGGGCCCAAACUCUACUUUUCAUUGCUGAGUUACCCUCACAAAAGGCGCUUCUACCAUCAAAUUUUUGGAUUACCGAUGACCAAAAACCUGUUAAGACGAAAGGUGGACAACCAAGUGGACCUAUAAAUGGAGAUAGAGCCCAGAAGAUCGAAAAGGAAGAGGCUGAUGAAAAGUUAUAAUUCUUUGCAGAUGAGGUGUCUGGAAUGAUUAUUCUUGGUGGAACCUGGGAUACCGAUAAAAUGGAAUGCAAACAUGGAACCAGGUGAAGUUCAAAAAAAAAAAAACAUGGGCACAGGUGGUUCUUCGCGAGUAGAUGCAAUGCCAAUCUCAGUCACCUCUUAUUGCAGCAAUUUUUACUGGAUUGUUUCAAUGUAUAACUCAGCUAGAUCUUGUAAGUUAGGCCAAUUUUCCUUUGAUGGGGUAGCUAAAUCCGUUUGUAUUGUGUUCUUUUAAGCGAGAGAUGUGCAAUUUGAAAGGUGUAAUCUUGUAUUGAAUGUAUAACACUCCAUUGUUACACUUUCAUCCAUUGAACUCAUUGAUUUGGACUUCGUAUCACAAUUCGUUGCAAA